AUGUAUGCCAGAGUUGACAUGGGUUUGAAACCUGCCCACUCCCCCUCCCCGUCUUUUAACAGUAAUGUGUUUGGGGACCCCCCUGCUCUGCCGGAGUACAAGGUUGCGGACGCCAAGAAGUCCAAGUUCAUCCUGCUACACUUCAGCACCUUCAAGGCAGGCUGGGAUUGGCUGAUCCUGCUGGCCACCUUCUACGUUGCCGUGACAGUGCCCUACAAUGUCUGCUUCAUCGGUGACGAUGACCUCACCAGGAGCACUUCAGUCAGCGACGUUGCCGUGGAGAUACUCUUUAUUAUAGACAUUGUGUUCAGCUUCCGUACCACGUACGUGAGUAAGUCUGGUCAGGUGAUCUUCAACGCGCGGUUGAUCUGCAUCCACUACAUGACUACAUGGUUCAUCAUCGACCUGGUCGCCGCGCUGCCCUUUGACCUCCUCUACGCCUUUAAAGUCAGCGUGGUAUCAGUAGUCCACCUGUUGAAGACAGUGCGUCUGCUCCGGCUGCUGCGUCUGCUCCAGAAGAUGGACCGGUACUCCCAGCACAGCACUGUGGUGCUCACCCUGCUCAUGUCCAUGUUCGCCCUGCUGGCCCACUGGAUGGCCUGCAUCUGGUACGUCAUCGGCAAGAAGGAGAUGGAGGCAAACGCCUACUCCUGGGACAUCGGUUGGCUUCAUGAGUUAGGGAAGCGUCUGGAGUCUCCCUAUGACCCCUUGGGGGAAGUGAACGGGACGGGGCUGAGCGGCCCCUCUCUGAGGAGUGUCUACAUCGCUUCUCUCUACUUCACCCUGUCCAGUCUGACCAGUGUGGGCUUCGGCAACGUGUCGGCCAACACCGACGCUGAGAAGAUCUUCUCUAUCUGCACAAUGCUCAUCGGAGCGUUGAUGCACGCCCUGGUGUUUGGUAAUGUGACAGCCAUUAUUCAGAGGAUGUACUCUCGCUGGUCCCAGUACCACACCCGCACCAAGGACCUGAAGGACUUCAUCCGGGUCCACCACCUGCCCCAGGGCCUCAAACAGCGCAUGCUGGAGUACUUCCAGACCACAUGGUCUGUCAACAACGGCAUUGACUCCAACGAGCUGCUGAAGGACUUCCCAGACGAGCUGCGCUCCGACAUCACCAUGCACUUGAACAAGGAGAUCCUGGAGCUGUCACUGUUUGCCUCGGCCAGCAGGGGGUGCCUGCGCUCCCUGUCCCUGCACAUCAAGACCACGUUCUGUGCCCCUGGGGAGUACCUGCUGCGCCAGGGGGAUGCCCUGCAGGCCAUCUUCUUCGUCUGCUCUGGGUCCAUGGAGGUGCUGAAGGACGGCAUGGUGCUGGCUAUACUGGGUAAGGGUGACCUGAUCGGGGCCAACAUGUCUAUAGAUGACCGGGUGAUAAAGACCAACGCAGAUGUGAAGGCCCUAACCUACUGUGACCUGCAGUGUAUCAACCUGAGUGGUCUAUACGAGGUACUGGACCUCUACCCAGAGUACACCAGCCGCUUUGUCCAGGACAUCCAGCUGGAUCUCACAUACAACCUGAGAGAGGGACACGAGUGCCAUGUUAUGUCCAGAUUGUCCACCAAACCUUUGGACACACAGUCAGAGGGGAGAGGCAACGGACGAGUGAUCCAGUGCUAUCCAUCCAUCAUCGAGAACCAGGUGCAGAAGGAAGAGGAUGAGGAAGAUGAGCUGGUGUCUGUGUCUCCGGAAUCGGAGCGGAACAUUGUUCUGUACCCCAGAGUGGUGUCAUCUGGGAAGUCUCCACUAGGUAGAGCCGAGAUGGAGAGAGAGUUGCACAGUGGCAGAGAAGUAACACACCAGAACACUAGGAAACUGAGGAAGAAGAUCAAGAUCCACCAGACAGCUCUCACCACGCUAGACCCCUCCAACCUCAGCCCUAGGGUUGUGGACGGUACAGAAGACAGUGAAGGUACAGAGACGUCUCCACUGUUCUCCUUCUCUCCUAGUCGAGCCUGUCCAGUCAGCGGUCCAGGGAGCGCACCAGCCACAUCUACAGAUAUUCUCCAGAUCAGCACAGCAGAGUCAGCAGCUAAAGCUGAGGAGACCUGGGGACAACUACGACACCUAGACCAGGAGGUGAGUUCUCUGGGGAAGGAGGUGACAGAGCUGGGCCGAGUAAUGAGGAGUAUGGCUCAACUGAUGGAGUCCUUCUUCUCCGGACCCCAACCCCUCUAUCCUGCACACUGCGUACCUGGACACCAUGCAUACCUGUCCCGCACUGCGCCCCCACCCCACACCGCCCCCACAGUCCUACCCCUCUCAGACUGA